UGAUACUCGCCCAGUUUGGCUGCGUUGUGCGCCUCCACAGCCGAGCUCCGGGCGGACGAUCCAAUCUGGAUGAGAGCGCUUCGUGUCCGGCUUUUAGAUUAAAAAAAAACAAAAAACAAAACUACAUGUGUGUUUGUCACGAAUUAGAAACACCUGUGCCGGGCGUGUAGAAGACACCAGGGCGUGGGGAGGACGACAAAAAAAAGCAGCUUGUCCACUUUUUCUUUUCUAAUUCUUUCAAUUUGUCGUGGGAAUAUUUUCGAGAACAGGACGCGUGUCUCCGGUUUCACCACUUUUCCUUCUCCACACCACAGGAUGUAAAUUUGGGAACUUUUUAUUUUUUAUUUUUAUUUUUUUGUUUUGGUUUUGGAGGACACGCAAGGCGAGUUUUAUAUCACAACUUUUGUUUUCUUUGGGGAAUAUAAAAAGAAGACGGCGGCUGUGCAGAGAAGGAGGGAAGGAGAGCGAGGCGCUCCAUGUCAUCAGAGUCCAACAGACCUCAACACUGAACAGGAGAGCAAGGUGAUUGAUGUCAUCGGGAAUCAACACGACUAAACACUGAGAAGACAUGAUGGAGCGGUGGUGGGCGUGGCAGUUCGCCUUGGUCACCAUGGCGACCGUCUCCCUCGGCGACACCUCCGAGUUCUCCUCCGACUCCCUCAUCAACAACGUGGUGGCCGACCCCGACUCGGGCCGGCUCUACGUCGGCGCCGUCAACGCCCUCUACCAGCUGAACCCGGACCUGCAGCUGGAGUCCAGCAUCGCGACGGGCCCCAAGCGCGACCACCGGCUGUGCACGCCGCCCGUCACGGCACAGUGCGAGGAGGCCGUGAUGACCGACAACCACAACAAGCUGCUGCUGGUGCACAGAGCCAACAACACGCUGGUGGUGUGCGGCAGCAUCUUCAGGGGGAUCUGCUCGCUGAGGAACCUGAGCCUCGUGGAACAGCUGUUCUCCUUCAGCGACUCUAACGGGGAGAAGUCGUACGUGGCGAGCGCCGAGGAGGGCGUCUCCGUGGUCGGGGUGAUGUCCUACUUCUCCAAGGACAACAGGGAAUUCCCCGUGUUCCUGGUGGGUAAAGGAUAUGGCAGCCAUGACAGCACCAAGCUGAUCUCCACCCGCAUCCUGGACAACUACAAUGACUGGGUGGUCUUCGACAGCAUCAUCGAGGCCUCGGCGGUCCAGGCCAACCCCUUUGUCCUGCGGUACCUCCACAACUUCCGCUUCUCCUUCAAGGACGACGGCUUCGUGUACUUCCUGUUCUCCAGGACGCUCGGCGUCCAGGACAACAAGAACUUCACCUUCAUCUCCAGGAUGUGCGAGAACGACCACGGCUACUUCUCCUACACGGAGCUGCAGCUCAACUGCAGCGCUAACAACAAGUACAAUAAGGCUCAGGCGGCCUUCGUAGCGCCAGCGGGGGAAGUGUUGGCUCAGAAUUUGGCCGCAUCAGGUCAGCAUGGAAGCAUCUCGGCCUCCGACAAGGUGCUGUUCGUCACCUUCACUUCUGAUGAGGACCCCUCAACUUCAGCCUUGUGUAUGUAUCCUCUGACGUCUGUUAACAAACGGCUGGUGGAGAUAAUAGAAGCCUGUUACAGCAAGGGCGGCAUGAUUAGCAACUUGGUGGCCGUCUACUCGCCUUACUCCUCCAAGUCUGAAGAGCUGUGCAGCAAUCCGAACACAAUGGGUGAGAGGUACAAGUGUGGAGCCGAGUUCCUGCCCUCCCCACUGGCCAGCAAGGCCGAGUUCGCCCUGACCACCGACCCCCUGUUGGUUCGCAAGUUUCACAUGACGGCCGUGGCUGUGGCGGUGGAUAUGGAGAUGAGGCACGCCGUGGCAUUCGUGGGCACCACCAGCGGAGAGGUGCUGAAGGUUCACCUGUCGUCUCAUCCUGAGGUUUACGGUCGAGUCGAAGUCACGGGAAACAAGGUCAACAAGAACCUGCUGUUUGACUCCAGCAAGCAGCACGUUUACAUCACCACCGAGAAAAAGAUCACAAAGGUCCCGGUCCAAACCUGCCACCUGAAGACAGACUGUCAGUCCUGUGUCUCCAUGAAGGAUCCUUACUGUGGCUGGUGUGUCCUGGAGGGAAGCUGCACCACGAAGCAGAACUGCAGCAGGUCCUCGGAGCAGAACACCUGGCUGUGGUCCCCCGACCUUCAGUGCAUUCAGAUCCAGGCCUUCGACCCCCCCAACGUCAGCAGCAAGAAGACAGUGGAGGUGGCUAUCAGCAUCCCCACCCUCCCAGAGCUGAGGGAGUCCGAUAAGUUGCAGUGCGUCUUCGGUGAGUCCGUCACCAACGAAGCGACAGCCAUCAGCGGUCAGGGGAAGGUCACAUGUCAGCUGCCCAAGCCCGCGGAGAUCCCGCCCACUCCUGACGACCAAGAUUUCGUGUCUGUUCCGGUCACGGUUCUGGUGAACAAUACGAUCCAGGUGACGUCUGGAAAGUAUCACUUCUAUAACUGCGCCGCCACCGUCAGGAACAACCAGAACACGCCGUGUAUAGCGUGUGUGACCAGUCAGUGGGGAUGUCAGUGGAACGCUCAGGAUUUCAGCUGCAGCGACAGCGACAACAACAUCAACGCAAAUCACAUCAUUAAAUCUAAAGAGCCGGACCUUUGUCCUCAGUUCGAGUCUCCGGAGCCGGACCUGAUCCCGGUCGGUUUCCGGAUCCCCAUCACCUUCAAAGGGAGGAACCUGGAGAUCUACUCGGGUCGCAAGUUUUCUAUCGGGACCGAGCUGAUGAAGAACGAGGAGCCGGUGAAUGAGGGGCAGGAUUCAGGGUUCAAGUUCGAUGGUUUUGAGUUUGCCUACGACAAACAGCAGGAGGUGAACGUUUCCUUCCACAUCAAAAACAAAGACUCCAAGAAGAUUGACAGCACGUUGACAGUGGUGCUGUAUAACUGCUCCGUGGGCAGAGAGGACUGUAGUUUGUGUAAAAACGCUGACGCGAAGUACAAAUGUGUGGUUGUGUGUGUUUGUGUUUCCACGACUCUGCCGGUUGAAGACUCUUGCCCCGAGACAUCUUGACGAAUCAUCCCUCGCUUCGGGCCCCUGGGCGGUAACAUCCCGGUGACGAUCAGAGGCUCCAACAUGGGCAUAAAGAAGGAGGACAUCAAGAAGAUCACGGUGGCCGGCGUCAACUGUGUCCACCAGGAGGACAGAUACUCCGUCUCCACCAGCGUGGUGUGUGUGAUCGGACCGGCGAAGCAAAUCCCACCACACGACGUCCCGUUCGAAACAGAAAACAGCGGAGCCGUGGAGAUCGAAGUGGAAGGAGACCGGAGAGGGACGUCUCAGGUCAUAUUCAAGUAUCGGGACCCAAAACCAAACUCAGUUCAACCACAGAAAGGUCCAGCUGCUGGGGGAACCGUGAUCACCAUCCAAGGAGAACACCUGGACACGGCGACUAAAGACGACGUCUCCGUUACUGUAGGAGGAGUUACCUGUGAAGUCAUGUUGUUUGGCACAGAGAUCACCUGUAAAAUCGGCAAGUAUCGCGGGUCAAAGUUGCCGUCAGACAAGCUACCGGUGACCGUGAAUUACGGGAAUAACACCACCAAAGAAGUCCCAGAAGCGUACCAGUACUGUGAAAACCCCAAGAUUACAGCGUUUCUCCCCAAGGCAAGCUUCGUUUGUGGCGGUCGAAAGAUUAUGGUGAUGGGAAGCGGCUUUGAUCUGAUCCAACACGCCUCCAUGAAGGUCCUGCCCAGCGCCGAGGAGUUUCCAGAGAACACAGCUCCUGUAGAGUUUGUCGGGGAGUUUCUGAGUAAGAGCGAUGACGUCCUCGAGUUUUUAUCUCCGUCGGUGAACAGCUCCUUCGAUGUCGAGGCUCUGAAGACCAUCAUCGAGCUGGACAACAUGAAGGAGGACCUCAAGGGCUUUGACUAUCACCCCAACCCCAGCUUCACCAACGUCACCACGAAAGUCAUCAUCGAGAGGGGCCUCAUUGUCGUGAAUGGUCGAGGUUUCUCCAAGGCGAUGACAGCCAAAGAAGCCGAGGCGUUUGUUGGAGAUUCCCCCUGCCAAGUUAACAUCCUGCAGGAUGAUAAGUUGAUCUUGGAGGCUCCUUCGUCGAAGCCCAAAGCCAAGUCCAGAAAACGACAGCGCAGAGAAGCGACCAACGACCUGCUAGAGCUAAUGGUGAAGUUCGGCUCUGGUGAGUGGGUGGUGGGUUCGGUGUACUACGCCGGCAAAGACGACCUCCCUCUGGCUAUAAUCAUCCCCGCGGUGAUUGUACCGAUGCUGCUCUUCAUCGCUGUGUCCGUCUACUGCUACAGGAGGAAGAGCCAGCAGGCGGAACGGGAGUACGAGAAGGUGAAACACCAGCUGGAGAAUCUGGAGGAGAGCGUCCGAGAUCGCUGCAAGAAGGAGUUUACAGAUCUCAUGAUUGAAAUGGAGGAUCACACCAGCGAGCUGAGUGAAGGUCGGAUCCCCUUCCUCGACUACAAAACCUACACAGACCGAACCUUCUUCCUGCCGUCCAAGGAAGGCGCCAACGACCCCAUGAUCACAGGACAAAUACAAAUCCCAGAAGCCCGCAGGGCCACCGUGUCUCAGGCUCUGAAUCAGUUCUCCAACCUCCUGAACAGUAAAACCUUUCUCAUCAAUGUGAGUUUAGCUUUCAGUAAACUUUUGGGGCUCUUUUUCUUUUUCUCAUUAUUUAUGGAUCUGUCUCUCAGACACAGAGAACAUGACAUAUAUUACCGACUAACGUCUUCGCUCUUACUUGCUCCUCGACGUCGCGUUCCCUCUAAUACCGUUCAUGGGACGCUCUGCUGGAGUGAUGGAACAAGCGGUGUGGAGAGGAUGCUCUGCAACUGGAUGUCCAUCUGUCUCUAUCAGUUCCUCAGGGACACGGCUGGAGAACCUUUAUACAAACUGUUCAAGGCCCUGAAGCACCAGGUGGAGAAGGGUCCGGUGGACGCCAAGAUGAAGAAGGCCAAGUACACCCUGAACGACACGGGGCUGCUGGGGGAUGACGUGGAGUACUCCGUCCUGACUCUGCAGGUGUUGGUUCACGGCGAAGGACCAGAUGUGACUCCGGUGAAGGUGUUGAACUGUGACACCAUCUCCCAGGUGAAGGAGAAGAUCAUCGACCAGGUCUACAGGAACCUACCGUACUCUCACAGACCCAAGGUGGAGAACGUGGCUCUGGAGUGGCGUCCUGGCUCAACGGGUCAGAUCCUGUCAGACCUGGACCUCACGUCCCAGAAGGACGGACGCUGGAAGAGGCUCAACACGCUGGCUCAUUACAAUGUUCGGGACAACGCCACGUUGGUUCUGUCCAGAGUUCUGCACACACAGUCAUUCCAUCAGCACCAGGACAGCCAUGAAGAGAAAAACGCCCUACUGGAGGACGAUAACACUUUCCACCUGGUGAGACCGGCGGACGAAAUGGACGAUGGGAAGUCAAAGAGAGGCAGCAUGAAGGAUAAGGCCAUGACCAAAGCCAUCACGGAGAUCUACCUGACCCGGCUGCUGUCUGUCAAGGGCACGUUGCAGCAGUUCGUGGACGACUUCUUCCGCAGUGUCCUCUGCUCGAGCUCCGUUGUCCCUCCCGCCGUCAAAUACUUCUUCGACUUCCUGGACGAGCAGGCGCUGAGACACGACAACGUGGACGAGGAGACUCUGCACAUCUGGAAGACAAACAGUUUGCCUCUGAGGUUCUGGGUGAACAUCCUGAGGAACCCCCACUUCGUGUUCGACGUCCACGUGACGGAGGUGGUGGACGCUUCACUGCACGUCAUCGGUCAAACCUUCAUAGACGCCUGCACCAAGACGGAGCACAAACUCAGCAGAGAGUCUCCCAGCAACAAGCUUCUCUAUGCAAAAGAGAUUUCCACGUACAAGAAGAUGGUGGACGAUUACUACAAAGGAAUCAGACAGAUGGUUCCAGUCAGUGACCAGGACAUGAACACACACCUCGCCGAGGUCUCCAGGCAACACACGGACACGUUGAACACCCAGGUGGCCUUACAUCAGCUCUACCAGUACGCCAGCAAGUACUACGACGUGAUCAUCCAGUCGCUGGACGAGGACCCAGCCGCCCAGAACAAACAGCUCACCCUCCGCCUCCAACAGGUCGCCGCCGCCCUGGAGAACAAGGUCACCGACCUCUGACCCCGAGGAGGGGGACAAGGUGCGAGGAGCUAUUAAUUCCAUUUGAGGACUCAAAGUAGGACGAGCUCACAGACUCUACUGAAUGUUUAAUCAUGUGAGGACUGAAGUAAAUAGGGUUAGGACUGAAUGUGAGGAGGAGGAAUGGGGAAAAUUGGACAAAUGAAGAGUGAAAUCGUCCCCAGAACGGUGGAAACGAAAGAAAGCGCACUUCCACUUGGCCUCCUAAAACCAAAUACCAAGGACGAGGACGGAGAAGGUGGGAGCUCUGUGAAAUCAAAAUUAUUUUUUUAAUGGUAUCUUAGGACGGCUCAGUUUGUGUACUCUCAUUGAUUUCUUUUUUUUUUUUGUUUGUUUGGCUUCUCUGCACUGCAACAUGUUUUUAAUUCUUGCCACGGUAGAACGUGAGUGAAAGGUUUAGUGGUUUUGGAUUAUUUGAAGAAAAUAAGUCGAGACAAUAAUUACCAGAUAUUUUCUUUUUGGUACUUUUAGCUCUUCAUGGAAAGGGCUUCAAUUUUUUUGACCACUUUGUGAAGUCGAUGAACUAUGAUGUGAGGUGAAAAUGCAUCGGAUGAAGCUCAAAUAUGAAAAAAAUAAUAAUCAACCAAUGAAAACCCACUAAGGUACACACCACUGACUGAUCAGGGGUCUCGACAGCAACGGAACUGGAGAUGGAAAAAUUCAGGGUACGAUAAAUUAAGCCCAGAAAAUUGUUUUUUUUUCUUUUUGUCUCGGUUUCAGUAUCAGAUUAGCUGCAGUAUGUGUUUCUACGCUGAUGAUACCUAGUUUUAUUUUUCUGUUUAUGUGCAGGCUUUAAGCAGAGGCUUUGCAUCACCAUAUCCACCGUGACAUUUAUCUUUUUUACUUGACUGUUACAGUCCCACUUUUUACUUUUGUAAAGUGUGUGAACAAAGUAGUCGUCGCCGCUCUGUUGCUAUGUCUUAACAAAAAACAAAAAAAUCACCACUGCCUAAUCAUGCGAUCUAAAACGCCAAACACUUUUAUUUUUUGUAGUCUGUAUAAUUUUGUUGCAUUUAUUUUCUAUUUUCCUGCUUGACUGCGCUCGCAAGAGACAAUUUACUUGCUUAAACGUCUUGUGAAGACGGAGUCGCUCCACAAACCUUUCAAAUAAAUCUGAAAAUGAAGCCGGAAAAAUUGUGGAAAUGUAUUAAAUACACUCACAGAGGCACAAUUUCUAUCGUUCAUUGAUAGAUGGAUGAAAUAACAAGCAUACUAUCAGUUUUACUGCACAUGGUUUCAUUUGGUUUGCCUGAUUUCACCAGAAAAUACAUUUAAAACAGCCAUAACAAUAAUAAUGAUAAUAAUGUCUCGUAAUAACUGAUUGUCCUCCUCUUUUUUUGUAUGGAAGAUUUAAAAAUACAGCAAAGAAAUAAAAACAAACACGCUGUAUCCGUUAAACGUGAUUGAAAUGAAAAAAGCUGUGAAAUUUUAACAUGAGGAAGAAGAAAAGGUUUUUAUGUAUUUUCUUGGUUUAUUGGAGACAGAAUCCAGUGGUGUGUGGUCGUUCUACAUCCGCCUUUGAUUUAUUUAUUUCUUUGUUUUUUUGUGUGUUUCUGCAUUUUAAAUCUUCCAUAUGAUUCAACAUAGGAAGACAUAAUCAUAGACUAAGACUACAUAAGAUUAGUGGAGGUUAUUUAAUCAGAACAAGAGUAGUCUGGUCUUUUCUUUUUUUGCUUAAACUGCUUCUGUCUGAUGUUAAAACAGGUCGAUAUUUUCAUGAAUUAUUUGUAAUUAAAACGCCAAAAACAAGGAAAUGAUAUGAUUUCUACAUGUUUCCACCAGCUUUGACAGUGAAUUAAUUGUGGACCAAAUGAUUUAUCAUCAAGGUUAAAUGUAGUUGGCAAGAUUUGAAACGAUAAUUUACCCAAAACUUCCAAAGUGCACCUUUAAAUCUUGAGCAGUGCCACCUGAAGGCUUUAUCUUUGUGUUUCCUUUCCCCUAAAUCUGCUUCGCUUCUUCUUUUCUCUCAGAUUUUCACAUUUUUGUCUUUAUUUCACAUCAUGUCUCGGGUGUAAAGUGUGAAAUCUGUUUCAUGUUCAGCAUUUUUCUUCCUUUGCCAACACUUGCUCAACUUCUGCCUUCUUUUAGUCACCUGAAUAGUGCCUUAAAGAGUAGAAGAGAGUCCAUUUGGAAGGGAAAGCCAAAAAGAUCUAAAUAAAACAUGCAUGCACGUUGGUGAUUUUCACUCAAAGAUGCUUUUAAAGCUCAAACAAAACCAUCUUUCAGUCACUGCUAUUAGUUUUUCUGCUAUUUAUAAUCCAAAAUGAACUGGAUUAAUUUGAAAACCAUUUAAAGGAUUUUGGUCCCGAUGCUAAAGAACCGUUAGCAGAGUUAUUCAACCUGUGUGUUUUUUUCUAUAAAUAUAUAUAAAAUAAAAUCUAUUUGGGAAAAAAUAUCGUUCAUGAGUUGGAGAAAAAGAUUCUGAAUGAAUGUGCUGGUACCGAUGCUUUUACCAGCGUCACAGUCUAGUGUUUCUACCGUUGUUUGUACAAAUGCGACUCUCCUUGUUGUCUAUUCUUGUAACAUCGCUGUAGAAAACAAAUGCUCUGGGUUGAAACACAACUCUGGUCUGAGCUGGACCCAAAGCCCAAGUCAGUGACUCUUCUGAGGAAGUGGAGAAGUGGGUGGAAAAUCCAGAUCAUGUGCAAAUAUCCAAUAAAAAAAGAUGUUUAUACAAA